UACAACAACAAAAAGCAGCUGAUGAUUCCGUAAUUGCCCCCCUCUCACCUGCCCAUUUCUCUCGCUCCCUGUCUUGGUCUCUCUCGCUCCCAAAUUUGCUUCUGGAGAGCUCGAUCCAUGGCUUCGAGAGCUGCGAUUUUGAGAGGGGUCAUGAAAAGGAGGUAUCUUGCUGCUUCUGGAGCUCGAUCCAUGGCGACGUCUUGGUGGUCCAAGGUGGAGGCAGCUCCGAAGGAUCCGAUCCUUGGAGUUACCGAGGCUUUUCUUGCGGAUCCUAGCCCUGAUAAAGUUAAUGUUGGAGUUGGAGCUUAUCGUGAUGAUAAUGGGAAGCCGGUGGUUCUUGAUUGUGUUAGGGAAGCUGAAAGGAGAGUUGCUGGAAAUCUCAACAUGGAAUAUUUGCCAAUGGGUGGUAGCAUGCACAUGGUUGAGGAAUCUCUGAAGCUAGCAUAUGGGGAGAAUUCUGAGUUCAUAAAAGAUAAACAUAUUGCAGCAGUGCAAACUCUUUCAGGAACUGGUGCAUGCCGGCUUUUUGCUGACUUUCAGAAACGGUUUUUACCUGACUCUCAAAUUUAUAUACCUGUACCGACCUGGGCCAAUCAUCAUAACAUCUGGAGAGAUGCACAUGUUCCACAGAGGACCUUCCACUACUACCAUCCUGAAACAAAGGGACUAGACUUUGCAGCACUGAUUGAUGAUGUUAAGAAUGCACCCAAUGGUUCGUUCUUUUUGCUUCAUGCAUGCGCCCAUAAUCCUACUGGAGUCGAUCCUUCCGAAGAACAAUGGAGGGAGAUAUCAUACCAGUUCAAGGUUAAGAAUCAUUUCCCAUUCUUUGACAUGGCAUACCAAGGCUUUGCCAGUGGGGAUCCUGAAAAAGAUGCAAAAGCUAUUCGUAUUUUUCUCGAAGAUGGACACAUGAUAGGAUGUGCACAAUCAUAUGCCAAAAAUAUGGGGCUCUAUGGACAAAGAGUUGGAUGCCUCAGUGUUCUUUGUGAAGAUGAAAAGCAAGCAGUAGCAGUGAAGAGUCAGCUGCAACAGAUUGCUAGGCCAAUGUAUAGUAAUCCACCUGUUCAUGGUGCUCUCAUUGUCUCAAUAAUCCUUAGUGAUCCGGAGCUAAAGAGUUUAUGGUUGAAGGAAGUGAAGGGAAUGGCUGAUCGCAUCAUCGGAAUGCGAAAUGCUCUCCGUGAGAACCUUGAGAAGUUGGGUUCACCUCUAUCCUGGGAGCAUAUAACUAAUCAGAUUGGGAUGUUUUGCUACAGUGGAAUGACCCCUGAGCAGGUUGAUCGCUUGACUAAUGAGUUUCAUAUUUAUAUGACUCGUAAUGGUCGUAUCAGCAUGGCGGGUGUCACAACAGGAAAUGUUGGCUACUUGGCAAAUGCCUUCCAUGAGGUUACAAAAUCUACAUGAGGAUUGACGUAUUUUUUUAAAGAUAUAGGUUCAAAGAGAGGGGAUUGGGAAAUAAGUCACUUCAGCUUUGACAACCCUGAGGCAUUUUAACUUAGCAUGAGGUUUUUGGAGUCGGCGUAAUCAUUGGAAUCAUUGCUCUGAAGAAUAAGUAACAAUGAAUCAUUGCUCUGAAGAAUAAGUAAUCAGUUACGAGUCUUCCUUCAGCUGAAUCACCUGCAAAUCGAGGCAUUGAAAUAAAGUCUUUGCUUAUAUUUGUUCUUGGCAUGUUUGUACUUGUUCCAGUUUCAUGGGAUAUACGUCAUGCAUGUACAACAUUACAACUAAGUUUGGAUGUAUGAAAAAAAGAAACAAAAUGCAGAGUCCUCGAAAUGUUUGAAACGCAUUGCAGA